AUGGACACUAGGCAGGAGCCGGUCAAAGGAGAUGAAAGUCUUACAGUCUCACCGCCACCCGCUAAACGUUUCAGGAGCCAGCGAUUCAAUGAUGACAAUGAUAAUUCGAGCUCUCCUAGUCCUGUGGACUCUGAAAGUUUGACGUCGUCUUUCACAUCACCCGAGGAUGCUAAUAAUGAUGGGGCUGGUCCCAGCAAUUUGAGUCAAGAUCUAGAUUUAGAUCAAUAUGAAGGUGAGCGUGACCAGACAAUCAGCCCUACAAUUGGAAUAGAUGGCACACCCGAGCCAGAACAAUCUGUGGAAAUACAACGAGGGUCAAGAGAAAUGGAAGGCAUUGCAAGGUCUCCACAAUCGCAAAGUGCUGGAAAGAUUAUUUCAGUACAAAUGAUUAACUUUAUGUGUCAUUCAAAUCUGACUAUUUCACUAGGCAGGCGUAUAAAUUUCAUUGUGGGCAAAAAUGGUAGUGGCAAAUCUGCCGUCUUAACUGCUAUCAUUAUUGGUCUAGGUGGUAGAGCAUCAGAUACAGACAGAGGUAGUAGCAUUUCUGAUGUCAUCAAAGAAGGCCAGCAAAUGGCCAGUAUUCGCAUUAAGUUUGACAAUGUUGGCAAGUUAUCUUUUCGACAUGAAAUUUAUGGUGACUUUUUCACACUUGAACGGGCAAUUUCUCGAACGGAGAGAGCUGGUCAUAGCAACUACAAUGUAUAUACUCAGUCUGGCAAGAAGAUGAAAAUAUCCCGUACUGAUAUUCUAGAAAUGCUUUCUAUUUCUCAUUUCUCCAUCGAUAUUGAUAAUCAAUUUGCUAUAUUGACUCAGGACCAGGCGAGGACAUUCCUGGUGGCUAGGACACAAGAAGAAAUGUAUCAUUUGCUCAUGAGGGGUUUGAGAGUCACCCAAUCAUACCACAACGCUAAUGUUUCAAAUAAUAAUAUCACUGCUACGGAGUCUGACUUGAAGGCAAAGCGUACUGAUAUCAAGGAACUCAAAGAAAAGGUGAAGAACUUGGAAUUGAGAAGAAAUAAUAAUCUUCGUAUUGAAGAGGCUAUGCGCGAAGUUGCCCGAUAUACAGCCAUGGGACUGUGGUUUCGACACGACAGGCAAAUGGAAAAGAUUAGUCAGCUGGAAGAGCGUAAUGAUGAACUUAAACGCGAACAAGCUGAGAAACAAGACGAGGCUGAUGCAUAUUCAAAACGCGCCCAGGAACUCGUGGUAGAUACGGAUUCACAGGUUUCCGAGCUUCGUGACCAGAGGGACAAAAGCUCGGCAGAACGACUCGAGGCGAUUAACCGAAGACGCGAAUUGUCUGAUAAGUUGGACAGUUUGAAACAGAAUCAAGUGAAUGUCAACACCGAGAAAAACAAAAAUGAGCAGCAUAAAGUCGAGCUUGAGUCUGAACUAAACCGCCUUACGACUUCAGAAGGCGGUAAGGAAUAUUUAGAGGCACAAAUUGAGACUGUUAACUUGAAAAUUAAUGAAUUAAAAGAAGAGGAGAUGGCACUGGUGAAUGAAGCCGAGAACUUCGAAUCAAAGAUCAAAGAGGCUAGCGACCUUGUGAAGAGCUUACAAGGGGAAGUCAAAAAGUACGAAUCGAGUAUACUGUCUGAAAAGAGCCAGUUGGCUAAAAUUCAAGAGGGGUCUCAGGUGUCUGUUGAUGCCGCUUAUGGGGUAAAUAUGGCCAAUGUUCUUAAGGAGAUAUCGAUGAAUAGCUCUUUCCACCAGAAACCCAUCGGGCCCUUAGGACAGUUUGUAUCGCUUAAAAUACCAACUUGGGGUCCUAUGCUCGAACAUCACCUGAGGCAUACUCUUGCCGCCUUUUGGACUAAAAACACUGAAGACCGUAAUCUACUUUUAAAGAUACUCGCAAAGUACAAGAUGACAAAUACCGUUAUUGUUAAAGAUGUUGAUAUGUUCGAUUAUUCCUGGUCAAGUCCAAGCAAGGAAUAUACAACUGUAUUAGACGCUCUGGAAUUCAAAGAUGAAUCUGUUAAAAGAAUCUUUAUUGAUCAAUAUCAAAUACACAGGAUCCUGCUUAUUGAAGACCGUGCUGAGGCUGAUCGAGUAAUGUAUUCACAUCCAAAAAAUGCACUUGUAGCUUUUGCAAAGCAGAAAAGUAUAGAUGGCUCUCAAUCCCGAGAUGGGUUUCAAGUUGGUGCGAAUCGAGGUGGUUCUUCUUCAAGUAUCCUUCGUGGUGCUCCAGUGAAUAAGACCCCUAGAAUGGGUGUAGAUCUGAGAUACCGUGUUAAAGAGCUUGAGGAUUCGAUCCGGAGUACUCAAAGUCAAUGUACAAGAGUGAGAUCGAAGCUUGAUGACGCUACACGAGCUCUGGGUGAGAGCAAAGAAUCCAGCAGACAGACGACAAGAAGGCUAAGUUCAUUGCGCCACGAAAUGAGGACAUUAGAUGAAAAGCGGGAUGAUUUGCAAACUCAGUUGGAGGAUUACGAUAAUGGCAAAGUUCUGGAAGUUCAAGGGGAAAUAGAAAACUGCAAACAGAGAAUUGAGACUUACAUUCUCCAGUUUGAGAAAAUUCACGCAGAUAUGCUUGAAACUCAAGAAGACGUUAGAUUGGCUGAUACAAUUAUCGCCGAGGCCGACAAAAUUCAUGACGAACUAUGCAAUAGGAUUGAGACCAUUCGGGUAUGUAUAGCAGUUUUGAUAUUGUGA